CACGAGUGGUACCCUUUUGAACCCCAAUGCACACUGCCCACAGAGCUAUCAGACUCAAACUAGGUGAACCAUAAACUCACAAACAUACACUGUGAGAGAGAGAGAGAGAGAGAGAUGUGUGGCUUUCUUGCGCCAAGGCUGUUUCUGUGACAGUGUCCUUUUCUUGGAAGAGAGGUAACUCUUUGGGGGCCUCUAUCAUCCACCUUCCUCCUGUUUUAAAAGCUUUGCUACCCUCUCAAGCUUCUCCUGCAAACUACUCAUCAGCUGGUUUUUGGGAUGGCUUUGUGUUUCCUUUUCUAGUGUUUCUUUGGCUUCUCUCUCUCUCUCUCUCUCUCUCUCUCUCUCUCUCUAUCUUUUCUUUUUCAUCUAUUUUCAUGUACAUGAUCUUGGUUUGGAAGACAAAGAGAAAUGGCUUCAAAUGAACUGAAAGCCACAGCUGACAUGGGUUUCUUUCCUCCACCACUGCCUCCAUUUCCUGGUGCUUUAGGCUCUCCAUUUGGAGAGAGGGAAUGCAAGGGUGUUGAACAAGGUUGGGUGUUCCAGAUUUCUAGAUGGGGGGGGCAAGAGCAUCAUGGAGGUGAGGAAGAUGAAGGUGGUGGCAACAGUACCACCCAUGAGAGUGUGCAGCACCACAAGCUCUGUGCCAGGGGACAUUGGAGGCCAGCUGAGGAUACCAGGCUAAGGCAGCUAGUCUCCCAAUAUGGCCCCCAAAACUGGAACCUUAUUGCUGAGAAGUUAGAAGGGAGAUCAGGGAAGAGCUGCAGGCUUAGAUGGUUCAACCAACUGGACCCAAGAAUCAACAGGAGAGCCUUCAGUGAGGAAGAAGAGAAGAGGCUAUUGGCUGCCCACAGGCUCUAUGGCAACAAAUGGGCACUGAUUGCCAGGCUCUUCCCUGGAAGGACAGACAAUGCAGUCAAGAAUCACUGGCAUGUGAUCAUGGCCAGGAAGCACAGGGAGCAGUCGAAUGGUUACAGGAAGAGGAAGCCCCUCACCUCCUCUCUGAGCUCCCCACCCCCGGAGGCCCUCCUCCCCAAGAGACCGGAGGGGAACAGCACCAGCCAUGGUUCCUGCAGUUGUGAUUCCACCAUCAUCAGCACCAAAGAUGAGUCUGCCUCCACCUGCACAACAGACCUGUCCCUCAAUUCCUUCAGCACCAUCACCAGCGUGGUUGGUCCCAGCUCCCUAAGCAGACACAACCCUCCUCCUUAUCAGACACACCUUCAUGAUCUAGUAAAUGGAUAUGGUGAAAAGGUGUUGAGUGCAGGGAAUCAAUGUCAUCAGAAGUCUGAUGACCCUGGCAGUGGUUUCUUACCUAAUGGUGGUGCUCCCAUUAGGUGGUUUCCUGGGUUUGAUCAGUCUGGUUCCUCUGCAAAUCCUGAGAUUUCAGCAAAGGGGACAGUGGAUUAUCACAUGAGCAAAGCUUGGCUGCAGGGUGAGACCACAUAUGGCAGGGAGAAGAUUAGCUUACCCUUCAUUGAUUUCCUAGGUGUAGGAGCAACAUAGAAAAAUGGGUUCCAGCCUCGUGUACAGGAAAUCUAUGAAGACAGAGAGAGAGAGAGAGAGAGAGAGAGAGAGAGAGAGAGAGAGGGGAAUGGGGGAAGCUUUAAAACAUCAAAAGCAGCAACUCUGUUCUUUUUUUGGAGACCUUUAUUUCUACACUGCUUGACCCUCAUCAAGGGGUUGACUGGUCAGAGCUACAUGAGCAAUGCUGUAUCCUAUCAACCCCAAAACUACUGAAGAAAAGUGAGCUAGUAUAAAAGUCAUGUUAAUCAAA